UAACAAAACUAACUUUUCUUUUUUCUUUCUCCAAUGAAUGAUCCUUCCUUCAAUCUACAUUUAAAGCAUAAAAGAGAUGUAAGUAAUUUAAUUAAGACAAAAAAAAAAAUGGGAGAUUCAUCUCCUGACUUCCGAGCUCCUCCUCCAUCCCCCGUAGCAUCAAGCCGCAGGGCCUCCUUCACAGCUAACGAAGACGUCCUCUCGAAGUUCCUGGACAAGUGUGGGCGAGUCCCAAAUCUUGUAUUGCCCGAUAAAGUCUUCCCCAAGCACACAUUCCUUGUGAACCCUCCUCCCACCUUCGAUUUCCUCCGGUUGGGCUCCCUUUCCACCCUCCUCGCCGAUGCCAUCGCCACCUUCGGUUGUUUUCAGCUCAUUAACCACGGCGUUCCUGAGGCUAUGGUGAAUGCCGCCAUGGACAAAUUCAUUUCCCACGAUGAGACAGAGGAGGAGUUCCUUUUUUAUAAAGACGAUAUUUCUGAUCAUUCAGAUUUUUUGAGAUAUUGCAGGGACUUGAUGGGUGAGGCAGAGAGGAUAGGGAAAGCCGUGAGAGAAAAGCUAGGAGGAAGAAACCAAGACGAAGAAGAGGAAGAAGGGGUAGGUGUUUGCUACGUGAAGAAUCAUGAUCAUCUCAAUAGCAAACACGAAUCAAAGGAAGAAGCCAUAAGGAUGCUGAUAAGAGGGUAUGACGAAAGACACUCUCUAUGUCUCAACUUCUGCCAUGCAGAGUUCCACCUCUAUUCCAAGAGAGGUUGGGUCUCCUUCUCCCCUCGUCCCGAUGCGGUGGUUGUAACGCUCGGAGAUGAAGGCUGGAGCGGCAAAUUCAAGGGUGUUGUUGGGAGGCCCCUUCUUUACAAAUCAUCGGAUCUUCAUCAUGAUCACCACUUUCUCAUUUCUCUAUCCUUUCUCUACACUAGUAACACUCUCCACAGCAUCAACAGCAGAGGGAUUAUCAAUAAGAAGAAGAAGAUGACCAUUUCCUUCGCCCAACAGCUCCUCUUUGCUCUCUUUCUCACACUCCUCUUCCCUUUCUUACUUUCUUGAUCAUAUAUAGAUCGUACAUGUCGUUGCUUUUUUUUUCUUUACUUUGGAAACUAAAAACAAGUGCCCCGGUCGGUGAGCAUCUCAGUCUUGUUUUAGCCUUUUACCCAGUAAUGCAUGGCCUACUCAUUCAAUUUAAAAGCCCACUAUCUAUAUCCAGAUAAUUAUAUUGGACCCUUCACCCUU